UCGUCCGGGAGCGCUGAGCGCACACGUCGCUCUCACCACUACAUCGCACCACUGCGGUAGGAGCUGGGAAGGCAGCAGCGGAGGGGGACGAGGCAGGCACACUUCACUCAUCAACACAAGCAUCCAGGUGGAGAGAGAGCGCGUCUCUGUGCCGACUUCAUCACCGAGGAGGACUUUAACCUGUCCGGACAUACAGCUCCAAACAGCUGCCAGGGCUAAUCCUUCAGCCCGGCGAGAGUGCAGGAGGGGAGAACUUUUGGCUCUUUGGCUCCGCGAUAUUUUUUAUUUAUUUAUUUUUUUAUUAUCAUUAUUUUUUUUUUACUAACAUCCUUAACCUUGGAAGUCAGAGCUGUUUAUUGUGAGAGAGGAUGGGACCGCUACUCCUUUCCAUCGCCCUGUGUGUGAGCGUCGCUGUCCCGCAGCAUGUGAAAGCAGCAGAUGGUGAGGAACCAACUUCAGCAGGCCCUUGCCAUCCGAACCCUUGCCACAACAGAGGAACAUGUGAGGUCAGUGAGACCUACAGGGGCGACACCUUCAUUGGUUACGUCUGCAAGUGUCCACCAGGCUUCAGUGGCGUUCACUGCCAGCACAAUAUUAACGAGUGCGAAAGGGAGCCUUGCAAGAAUGGGGGCAUCUGCACAGAUCUGGUUGCCAACUAUUCCUGCGAAUGCCCAGGGGAGUACAUGGGGAGGAACUGUCAAUCCAAAUGCUCUGGACCACUGGGCAUGGAGGGCGGCAUAAUCUCCAACCAGCAGAUAACGGCCUCCUCCACCCACCGUGCUCUCUUCGGCUUGCAGAAAUGGUACCCGUACUUUGCGCGCCUCAACAAGAAGGGCCUGGUCAAUGCCUGGACUGCUGCCGAAAACGACAGAUGGCCUUGGAUCCAGAUUAACCUGCAGAGGAGAAUGAGGGUCACGGGCCUAAUUACCCAGGGCGCAAAGCGUAUCGGCAGCCCGGAGUACGUCAAGUCUUACAAAGUGGCCUACAGUGACGAUGGGAAGACCUGGAGAACAUACAAAGUCAAGGGCAAAGACGAGGAUAUGAUUUUCAGAGGAAAUGUGGAUAACAACGCUCCGUCAGCCAACUCCUUCACCCCUCCUAUUGAAGCCCAGUACGUGCGCAUUUACCCCCAGGUCUGCAGGAGGCACUGUACCUUACGCAUGGAGCUGCUCGGCUGCGAGCUAACAGGCUGCUCUGAACCACUUGGGAUGAAGUCAGGCCACAUUCAGGACUACCAGGUCACGGCCUCCAGCAUCUUCAGGACUCUGAACAUGGACAUGUUUACUUGGGAGCCCGGAAAGGCUCGCUUGGACAAGCAGGGCAAGGUCAACGCUUGGACGGCCGGACACAGUGACCAGUCACAGUGGCUACAGGUGGACUUGCUUGUGCCUACCAAGGUCACAGGUAUCAUCACCCAGGGAGCUAAAGACUUUGGCCAUGUCCAGUUUGUUGGCUCAUACAAAGUGGCGUACAGUAAUGACGGAGAGCGGUGGAAUAUAUACCAAGACGAGAAACAGAGGAAGGACAAGGUAUUCCAAAGCAACUUCGACAAUGACACGCACAGAAAGAACGUGAUAGAUCCACCCAUCUACGCUCGGCUCAUCCGGAUCCUCCCCUGGUCAUGGUACGGCAGGAUCACUUUGCGCGCAGAGAUACUCGGAUGCACAGAGGAAGAGUGAAGCCAUUUCCUCCAUCUAUUCUCGCCAUUGCCCGCCCCCCCGUCCCUGUCCCCCGUCCCCUUGGCAUACUGGAGUAUCACUCCCAGUAUUUCAAAAAUAAACUGUGCAACCUGUAAAAAGAAAUCAAUUUCCAAUGGAUUUUUCAAGAAUACGUGUUUGGUUGUGGUGGGUUGCUGUUUGUUCUUUUGUACAAUGAUUUCAAAACCUGCCCCUGAUCCACUUCUGUCCUUUAGUUUCCUCUUUAAAGCGUGAUCCUUGUCUUUUUAUUCUUCUCGAGAUUUACCAUCCUGUUUGGAAUGAACUUCUGUAAUAUAUAUAU